AGGAGAAAGGUGUUGAGGCCCAAAAGACCCAUGAGCAUUGCCUGUCUCUAUAUUUCAGUGCUUCUAAAAUCUAAACCCUAAUUACACAGAGCCGUGCGUGUGUUCUCUUUCUUUCUUCACUGAGCACAAAAUCACCGAUCUCGGAGUUUUCUCUGCUGUUGCCAUGGUGAGGGUUAGCGUGCUGAACGAUGCUCUGAAGAGUAUGUACAAUGCUGAGAAAAGGGGCAAGCGUCAGGUCAUGAUCAGACCAUCAUCCAAAGUCAUCAUCAAAUUUCUCUUGGUUAUGCAGAAGCAUGGUUACAUUGGGGAGUUUGAGUAUGUUGAUGACCACAGGGCUGGGAAAAUUGUGGUUGAAUUGAACGGUAGACUGAACAAGUGUGGGGUUAUUAGUCCCCGUUUUGAUGUUGGUGUCAAGGAGAUUGAAGGUUGGACUGCUAGGCUUCUCCCUUCAAGACAGUUUGGGUACAUUGUUCUCACCACCUCUGCUGGCAUCAUGGAUCACGAAGAGGCAAGGAGGAAGAAUGUUGGUGGCAAGGUCUUGGGCUUCUUCUACUAGGUAGUUUUGGAUUUGAGGAUGGUACUGAUUUCAAUUUUGAGAUUUACUGGUUGUAAUGGAGGAUGUGCUUAGUCCUCUUAGUAAUAUCAAGCAUAGCAGAAUCUUUUUUUUAAUGUGCUUCAUUUUGUUUGUAAAACCAAGUUGUUAAGUGUUAACUAUAAUUUAUCUGGUUUCUUUGUCA